CGUUACUAACAUUGUGUCGGUUAUGUUUUGACGUUUAAUAUGGAAGUAAGUGCUAUGAUACCGAUGCCUUUGGACUUUUCAAUGGUGCGAAACGGAUCGCCGCUAAGGGAUGAAUCGCCGAAGCCAAUCUCGAACAGCGCUUUCAGAGUUGUCACCCCGAAAGGUGUAUCAGCAAGUGAGGCUCUAAGGAAUGGCAUCUGCAAUUCACUGUGGGGUGCAUCCAGCACACGUCCAGAUGGGAGAUUGACACCACCUCCCCAGAAUAUGGACACUUACAACAGUAGAGAUGAAAUCAAAUUUGGAAUAAAUCGUCUGGUAGGCGAACGGACAGAUGAAGAAGAUAGUGAAUCACAUAACAAUGAAACGCGACCGGAAGAUAUAUCACCGUCAUCCCAGUGCGGUAGUCCAUGUUGGGCACCAUCCCCUCCAUCCCCUCGAUCAGUCCGGUCAACGUCUCCUGAACUAGAAGUGGAUUCCCCGCCAUCAUCACCGAGACGACCGCCUGACUCAUCCCCGACUAUAAAAAGAUCAGAGGCAUUUUCCGUAAGCGCACUUCUCAGACCAGACGCACCAAGAACUCAACCACAUAGACCUUUUUUAUAUCCACCCCUACCGUUUGCGGAGUUUCUAAGAGAUGCAGGAAGUCUUAGCCUCCCUGGAUGGGGGGGAUACAGCAAUCUAUACCUCCAUGCUGUUCAAGCAGCUGGUCCUGAGUUAUUGCGACUUCGCGCUGCAGUAUUAGGAAACCCAAGCCCCUUAUCCAGACCCUUGCCAAUUGGAGACGUGUAUUCGUGUGUUAAGUGUGAAAAGAUGUUCAGUACACCACAUGGAUUGGAAGUUCAUGCGCGAAGAUCACAUAAUGGAAAACGACCGUUUGCAUGUGAGCUGUGCAGUAAGACAUUUGGACACGAAAUCAGUCUUAGCCAACACAGGGCUGUCCACAGUGUAGAAAAAGUCUUCGAAUGCAAGCAAUGUGGGAAAACCUUCAAACGAUCAAGUACCCUAUCGACACACCUACUCAUCCACUCUGAUACGCGACCUUAUCCAUGCCAGUACUGCGGCAAGAGGUUUCAUCAAAAGUCCGACAUGAAAAAGCACACCUAUAUUCAUACAGGCGAAAAACCUCACAAGUGUCAAGUUUGCGGCAAAGCUUUUAGUCAAUCUUCGAACCUAAUCACUCAUUCGCGGAAGCAUACCGGUUUUAAACCUUUUGCCUGUGAACUCUGCGGAAGAGCCUUUCAACGCAAGGUAGAUUUACGAAGACACAGGGAGACACAGCAUGCGGAUCUGCGCAACGCUCAGCAUAUACCAUCACAUACUGAUGUUCAUGCCAUGCACUCAGAUAUGCAUGUUUCGGAUCAUAGGAUAGAUCUUCGCACCACUCACCCAGAGCACAUUCGUCCCGACUACCGCGCUCUCAGUACCUCUGUACCGCCCCUACAGCCUCUUCCUUCUUGAAGCUCAACAGCCUUCGCGCCGUGGCGCCAAGGCUGAAUAGGUAUAGAAAGACAAUUUGUGAUUUUACUCAGUAGUGAUGCUUUCUAAAGAUAAUGGGUAAUGUUAACAAUUAGAUUCAUUGUAUGAGCUUUUACAGUAAGUUUGACGGAUUUAUGACGUAUGGUAAUUGGAAUACAGUCUUUAGUAGCUAAGCUUAUCUCGUAAUAUUAAUAGCGCUUUAAAUUAUUGUUUAUUAAACAGUGGCUGUCAUUAACAGGCUCUAAUAACAUCUUUUUCUUCAAUAUUCAUAUGCAAAAGGGGUACCAAAACUGAAUAUCGCUGAAAUUAAGUCGUAAGACGCAUGUACAUAAAUAAUUUGAGAUUAAUUAACUGCAAAGCAUAUAUAUACUGAAACUUUGGAAAGCAUAGAAAUUACCAGUGAGCUGAUAGCUCUGUAAUAAGCUUAUUUUAUAAAUGUAUUUGAUCUCAGUGAAUAUUAUUAGAUAAUUAUUUUAAAAAUUACACUUUACCCUCUAAUUCAUAAAAAAGUCUAGUUUAUUUGUACUGUUUUAACUAAAGGCCGUCUCUUUUUGUCAAAGCUGAAAGACAAUUUGACAGAAAGGGACAAAAAGUACCUCUAGACAGAUUUUACGAAUAAGAGGAUACGAUAAGACACUCGUAGCAUUCCUUUGAUAAUUCCAACAUAAUCUUUAGAUAUGUUUAUUUCAAUUUAAUGAUGUAAAGGCUUAGCCAUUCCAAAAUCCAUACUUUCCAUUCCAUAAUACGAGAUAUGUAAGACUAUUAUACCAAAGAUAAUCCAAAAAUAUUAAACAUUAUUUAUUUUGAUUGUUACAUAUAAAUGUAUUCACGCUUGUUAUAUUUUUUGUAAAUAAUAAGACUUUACGUAUACGUUAAUGUAGGAAUGAUUGUAAAAAGAUGUUUAUAAUAUGCCAAAGUAAAUUCAAAAACGCCAAAAUUUUCCGACGCCCAGUAGGUUGCAAACCACGACUUUGAGAAACAACUUAGUAGACGCAAAAUAUUAUUAAUUAGACAAUUAUUAAUAUUUUACGCAGAUAUAAGCGUCAAUCUUAUGGUAAAGCCGAGCUGGUUUCAAAUACAACAUACCGUUCCAAAUAAAUAAUGAUGAAUUGUUAAUAAUUCAAAGUGCUUUCAAUCAAUUUUAUUAAGAUUGUUAAAUAACAUUGGUUAUAAAACGUGUGAUGUAUCGUUACCAAAAUCUGUGUAAAACGAACACACAUGCAAAAUAUGUGAUCCAAUUAUACCAAAGCAGUCUACAGAAUCAGAAUACUAUACACAUAUUUACAGCAAACUAUUUAUGUAUAUCUUAUAAUAUAAAUAAUUUUGAAUUCCUGUAUAAAACUCGUUACUUUGAAUAAAGUAUGUUAAAAUAAUUUCCUCUUGUACAAAUUACGGCAGAUACUAGUAAAGUAAUUGUUACAAGUUAUAUUAGUACAAUUGUUUAUUUAAGUUAGGAUAAGUUAAAUGUAUAUAAUGUAAACAAAUCCAAAGAAUUCGUGCAAUCAUG